CGCGGACGUAGCUUAUGUAGCCUGCCCGCACUGCUUCAAACCACCGCACGCCAUUCCCGAUGGAGGAUAGCCCACUUUCCAUCGCCGCCAACGUCGCCGGCAUCCUCACCUUUGCCGCUGCCAUUCUCGCAGCCGCCUACAUUCGCUAUACCACUUUGACGAAUGGCCUUUUGGAAAUGGCCACGGUCCAGUCUUCCGUCGAGGCUAACCUUCAGGACCUAAGAAUGAUAGGUUUGAGAAGCCGUCUUGUAAUAAAAGAGAGCGACGAUAGCGAUACCGCCUGGCUGAAGAAGUUGAUCGUUUCUAUCUACUCUGUAGAAAUUGUCACCAGCAUCUAUGUAAAGCGAGCAGCAGGUCUGGACACCUCUAGCAUGUUACUGCGAUUGCCAGAUUGCCCACUUGUUGGGGUUACGUCUACGACAUGGACCGAUGCCCUUCGAGAAGCGAGGCAGGCAGGCAUGGAGGCUAGAUCUAUGGAUGAUGACAUCGAGGCGAAGUACAUAUCGAAAAACUCAAAUCGCCUGGCAUCUGCGGUCCAGGCUACACUAAGGCUGGGUUCAACGCCACAGCUCGUGCGUUGGUAUCGGGUGCGAGAGCGAGUCUUUGAGAAAAUACGCCAGAGGGAACACCUACGGUCACGGCUUCUGUCUCAUCAAAUCUCCAUGGCGAACUCUGCAGCUAGCAGGAGCAACCAAACACUUCAACAGCUCUUGAAGCAGCAAGCCCAAUUCCAAGCCCAAUUAGAAGAGCUCACUCAAUUAGUGAUGAUAACGAACCAAUUCUCAGCACGACCAGCGAGCGAUGACAUCAGUGGUAGACCAACAGAGGCGCAUACAACGGCGUCGCAUGAUCAAAAAGAAGACGUUGAGCGCAAUGGCUGGCGCGAUCAUUUUCCCUAAGGUUUCAUACAGCGGACAUCGUUAAAGUAAUAAUCACAUCAUUUAUCACCCGCAACCUCAGUUCAAUCGCCCGUCAGCCGACCGGUCAGCCAACGCAAUACCUUUACCUAGCGUAAAAUCGUGAAUUCUCUGCACAAAGUUCCAAACCCGAGAAGUAAUAAGAUACGUACUUUCAUCUUCACCCACCUCAAUAUGU